AUGGCUUUCAGGAAAAGCUAUCUAACUGAUGUUCCCUUUCAGGAUGUCAAGAAAUUCAAGUUAGGGGACCCAAGAACUUUCCACUAUUUAAACCAAACAAACUCUUACGAAGUAGCAAAUGUAGAUGAUGCAAGGGAGUAUUUGGAGACCAGAAAUGCAAUGGAUAUUGUAGGAAUCAUCCCGGAUGAACAGGAUGCAAUAUUUCGCAUAGUAGCUGCAAUUCUCCAUCUCGGAAACAUCGACUUUGUCAAAGGGAAGGAAGUUGAUUCGUCUAAACCUAAGGAUGAUAAAUCACGCUACCACCUUCAAACAGCAGCAGAGCUACUGAUGUGUGAUGAGAAGGCACUGGAAGACUCACUUUGCAAGCGUGUCAUAGUAACUCCAGAUGGUAACAUCACAAAACCUCUGGACCCGGCUUUAGCUGUCUUUAGUCGUGAUGCCUUGGCCAAGACUCUGUACUCAAGACUGUUUGAUUGGAUUGUGGAUAAGAUCAAUAGUUCAAUUGGUCAAGAUCCUAAUGCAGCAAGCAUAAUUGGAGUCCUUGAUAUUUAUGGCUUUGAAAGCUUCAAGAUCAACAGGUACCAUGUAUUCAAGAUGGAGCAAGAAGAGUAUACAAGGGAGGAAAUAGACUGGAGCUAUGUAGAGUUCGUAGACAACCAGGAUGUUUUGGAUCUUAUUGAGAAGAAACCGGGAGGUAUAAUAGCCCUUCUAGAUGAAGCCUGCAUGUUUCCCAAGUCAACUCAUGAGACAUUUGCACAAAAGAUGUACCAGACAUAUAAAGCUCACAAACGCUUCAGCAAGCCGAAACUUGCUCGAACAGACUUCACAAUCAAUCAUUAUGCAGGAGAUGUUAUUUACCAAGCAGAUCAUUUUCUUGAUAAAAAUAAAGAUUAUAUUGUAGCAGAACAUCAAGCCCUGUUAGAUGCUUCCAACUGCCCUUUUGUUGCUAACCUUUUCCCUCCACUGCCUGAAGAGACAUCUAAGCAAUCCAAGUUCUCUUCAAUUGGUACCCGCUUCAAGCAACAAUUACAAGCUUUGAUGGAGACAUUGAACACGACAGAACCACAUUACAUCAGAUGUGUAAAGCCAAAUACAGUACUAAAGCCCGGAAUCUUUGAGAACUUCAACGUCUUAAACCAACUAAGAUGUGGGGGAGUGCUAGAGGCAAUUAGGAUAAGUUGUGCAGGUUAUCCAACCAAAAGAACAUUUGAUGAGUUCCUUGAUCGUUUUGGAAUGCUGGCUCCAGAUGUUCUAGAUGGAUCGGACGAAAAAUCGGCAUGCGUUGCCAUCUUGGAGAGGAUGGGUUUAAAGGGCUAUCAGAUUGGGAAAACAAAGGUGUUCCUCAGAGCUGGGCAGAUGGCUGAGUUAGAUGCACGAAGAGCUGAAAUUUUGGCUAAUGCUGUCAGACGAAUCCAGAGACAAAUACGAACAUAUCUAACCAGAAAGGAGUUCAUCACCCUAAGAAGGGCUACAAUUGAUUUGCAGAAACUCUGGAGAGCACAAAUUGCACGUAAGCUAUAUGAACAGAUGAGGAAGGAAGCAGCUUCUAUCCGUAUACAAAAGAAUGUCCGUGCUCAUAGAGCGAGAACAUUUUACACUAGCUUGCAAGCAUCAGCAAUAGUUAUCCAAACUGGAAUGCAAGCAAUGGCAGCACGUAAUGAAUACAGAUACAGAAGAAGAACCAAGGCUGCAACUAUAAUUCAGACUCGAUGGAGAAGGUACCGUUCUCUUUCUGCAUAUAAGCAGCAUAAGAUCGCAACUCUAGCAUUGCAAUGUCUUUGGAGAGCAAGGACAGCCAGGAAAGAGCUUAGAAAGCUCAAGAUGGCUGCAAGAGAAACAGGGGCACUUAAAGAAGCUAAGGACAAGCUAGAGAAGCGUGUUGAAGAGCUAUCAUGGCGACUAGAAUUUGAAAAGCACUUGCGGCUUGAUCUUGAAGAAGCUAAAGGGCAAGAAAUUACAAAACUGCAAAGUUCAUUACAUGAAAUGCAAGGUCAACUAGAUGAAGCCCAUGCUGCAAUAAUCCACGAGAAAGAAGCAGCAAAGUUAGCUAUAGAACAAGCUCCACCAGUCAUCAGAGAGGUGCCAGUUGUGGACAAUACCAAGUUGGAGUUACUUGAGAAUCAGAAUAAUGAAUUGGAGAAUGAGCUAAUUGAGUUGAAGAAGAAGAUGGAUGAAUUCGAGAAUAAGUGUUCUGAACUUGAGAAAGAGAGCAAAACAAGAACUAAAGAGGCUGAAGAAUCACACCAGAAAACAACGAAACUUCAAGAAACCAUUGAAAGAUUGGAAUUAAAUUUGUCCAACCUCGAAUCAGAGAAUCAGGUUUUACGACAGCAGGCUUUGGAUGCAUCAACAAAUGAGGAUGUCUCUGAAGAAUUAAAAAUCCUUAAGAGUAAGAUUGCAGAGCUGGAGUCAGAGAAUGAAUUGCUCCACAAACGACCAGUAAUUGUAGACCAGGCAGUGACUCCUGAAAGGAUUCUGCCUCAAGUCAAGAUUUUUGAGAAUGGACAUCAAACAGAAGAGGAGUCUCAAAUGACAAAGGAAUCCGGGCCUCCCGUCUCCCUCUUAACUACACAAAGAUCCCUAACAGACAGGCAGCAGGAAAACCAUGAUGUACUUAUCAAGUGUCUUACCGAAGAUAAGCGGUUUGACGAGACCAGACCUGUUGCUGCUUGUGUAGUGUAUAAAGCACUUAUUCAGUGGAGAUCCUUUGAAGCAGAGAAGACAACUAUAUUUGAUAGGAUUAUUCACACAAUUAGAUCAUCAAUAGAGAGUCAAGACAGCGUCACUGAUCUAGCAUAUUGGCUAUCAACAACUUCUACCCUUUUGUAUCUGCUUCAAAAUACUCUUAAAGCAAGCAAUACAACAAAUAUAUCUUCACAGCGUACCCGAACCUCCCCCGCAACCUUAUUUGGUAGAAUGGCACUGGGAUUCCGUUCAUCUUCAGUUGGCAUGGGAAUGUCAAGUGGUUACAGUGGAAUGGUAGGAAAAGGAAAUGAACAAUCAAAAGUGGAAGCUAAGUACCCAGCACUGCUAUUUAAGCAACAUCUGACUGCAUAUGUUGAGAAAAUAUAUGGGCUGAUCAGAGACGGUGUUAAGAAAGAGAUUGGUCCAUUUUUGAAUUUGUGCAUCCAGGCUCCAAGAUCAAUAAGAGCUAGACCAAUAAGAGGGUCAUCCAAAAAUAUCCAUUCGAGUAUUGUUGCCAAACAGCAAUCAUCAAAUAUACAUUGGCAAAGCAUUGUCAAUAGGCUAGAUCAUACCUUGGGCAUCAUGUCAGAGAACCAUGUCCCUCCUGUGUUCUUAAGGAAAAUCUUUAGUCAGGUUUUCUCAUUCAUAAACGUACAACUUUUUAAUAGCUUGUUGCUUCGUCGUGAGUGUUGCUCAUUUAGCAAUGGAGAAUAUGUUAAGGCUGGUUUGCAGGAACUGGAACAGUGGUGUCUUAAGGUAUCAGAUCAGUUUGCAGGAUCAUCAUGGGAUGAAAUCCGACACAUAAGACAAGCUGUAGGCUUUCUGGUUUCGCAUCAAAAGGCUCAAAAAUCUUUGGAUGAGAUCACACAUGAACUCUGCCCGAUGUUGAGCAUUCCGCAAAUAUAUCGCAUUGGGACUAUGUUCUGGGACGACAAAUAUGGAACUCAGGGAUUGUCUUCAGAUGUGAUUGGGAGAAUGAGAACCCUAAUGGCAGAAGAUUCAAUAAGCAUGCCUAAUAAUACAUUCUUGCUUGAUGUUGAUUCAAGCAUACCUUUUUCAAUGGAAGAGAUAUUUGGAUCCCUGAGUGCAAUCCGCCUAUCUAAUGUAGAUCCUCCGCCGCUGCUCCGCCAAAGAUCUGAUUUCCAUUUUUUAUUGCAAGAAACACAAACAAAAACAGCCUAA